GAGCACUUCCAACCUCCGCUGCAAUACGUCGUCAGUGAACCAUCUCAAGACAAGAGCAAUACCGGGAGACGUCUCCAGAAAUUCUGCGCCAACAAUAACCUUUACAUCUAGACAAUAUGGCUUCAGGCUAUGAUCGUGCUCUUUCCGUCUUCAGCCCUGACGGCCAUGUAUUUCAAGUCGAGUAUGCCCUGGAAGCGGUCAAACGGGGGACCUGUGCAGUGGGAGUGAAAGGCAAAGACAUCGUGGUCCUUGGUUGCGAAAAGAGAUCGGCCAUGAAGCUGCAAGACACACGAAUCACUCCCUCCAAGAUUGGCCUUAUCGACACUCACGUCUGCCUUGCGUUUGCCGGGCUCAACGCCGAUGCCCGGAUAUUAAUCGACAAAGCCAGAGUCGAGGCGCAGUCUCAUAGGCUCACGGUGGAAGAUCCUGUUACUAUUGAAUACAUUACGAAAUAUGUGGCUGGCGUGCAGCAAAGAUUUACUCAGAGUGGUGGUGUCAGGCCAUUCGGUAUCAGCACACUGAUCAUCGGAUUCGACAAGGGUGACAAGGAACCUAAGUUGUACCAAACAGAGCCCUCGGGUAUCUAUUCUGCCUGGAAAGCGAACGCGAUCGGCCGGUCCAGCAAAACCGUACGAGAGUUCCUUGAGCGAAACCACAAAGACGAUAUGGACCGAGAGGCAACCAUUUCAUUGACCGUCAAAUCCCUCCUUGAAGUUGUCCAAACUGGCGCAAAGAACAUUGAAAUUGCCAUCAUGGCGCCAGGCAAGACGAUCGAGAUGCUUCCGUCUGAACAGAUUGAACAGUAUGUCAAGACGAUCGAGGCAGAGAAGCAAGAAGAGCAGGCGAAGAAGAAGCCCGGGACGAGAGCGGCCGGCUCAGCAACCUCGUCUCUCCCCACGCGGCCGCUGGCUGAGGGUGAGGGCGGAGGAGACGAAUAAAGGAACAGGGCAUAGGCCUUCACUCGUUCUUUGCAUGAGCGACUGGCGUUGUGGCAAUGGAUCAAAUCAGUGGAUAUGGCCAGCUAGUAGCUUGUUCAAAUGCAGGCUGCUUUUAUUGAUGCCUCUGAGGCGUGUCCAAGUCGUAAGGUUCAUCCGAUAGUACUGCCCUUCCUGCGGCUGGCCCUGCUUUUCUCAGGCAGAUGGUCGCGCCGCUCUCUUUGGAUGUCAACCCAAUCGCUCCGUCCCUCCUUUGAGGUCAAAUAUUGACUGCUCGUUUGACUGUUUCACUCUCUCGUCUUUAAUCAUUCUAUUCCCCAAA